AUGUUUCUCUUACUUGUGAUUUUAUCCACAGCGUUUUCUGAGGCAACACCAGGUGUUGACCCCUGCCAGGACUAUGUGGAACUUGAUGAAGCAUGGCGAAAGACCAGCUUCAGUAGUUCAUAUUAUGCACAAGAGACAGGAAUGACCCUUGACUGGUUCCGCGUUACUGGAGAUGCUGGAAAUAAAGUUGCAAAUACGUGUCCAAGUCAAAGUUAUUGCGGCGUUUAUUACCCUAUGUGGAUGUUAGGGGACCAUCCCACGGCAGCAGAAGGAAUAGUAAAACACACGCUGUGCUCCAGGAUCUCAUCUAGCUACUGCUGUCACACCCCGGGGGAAUCGUCUAAUGUCAAAGGAGACGUCAUCUAUGUGAAGAAGUGUCCUGGGGGAUAUUACGUAUAUAGAGUACCAAAUUUGAAAUUUGCGUGGACGUAUAGGGCGGUCUGUUCAGUGAAGGACAGCAGUGACCCGUGCCUGGACAGUAACUGUACAUACGGCUGUGUAAACAACAAUGGGAAGUAUGAGUGCACCUGUCCACCUGAUAUGGUCAAGUCUGGGGACAACUGUGGUCAGUUACAUUGA